UGAAUUCGAUCAUCUUUGGCAUUGAAAUCAAAGACCACUCCCUUCCCUUUAUCGAGAAAGUUUGAUAAAAUUGGAGGAGACUCUAAUCUCAAAAAAGUUUUUUGACCCAAGGAAUCAUCUUCCAACUCCUUAAGAGACUUCUUCACUCGUUCUUCCCUCGCCAUUUUCUCUGACCCAUCAGCUGAUCUGAUAUAGAUCCUCAUGUUAUCCAAGACUUCUUCAGCUAUCUUAGGUUUUCCGGAAAGGUUAUCAAUACCCAUGAGCUUAUAAGGCACUAAGCCGAAUAAGGGAUCAUUGAUAUCCAUCGAUGGAACCACCUCAAUCUUACUGUUUCCCAACGCCUCACGAUCUCUUCCAACACCCUUGAGAGUCGACAGACUACCAAAAGGACACACCUCUUGUUCAUGAGUAAGUCUUUGACAAGUAUAACAUCUCUUUUGAAGCCUUUCAUAAUCAUAUAGAAUAUUAACUUCUUCACCGCCCGGAAUCGUCACUUUCUUAGCUCUUCUCAGCGGUCUUGAUACAUCAAAUUUCACAAGUACCCGCACAUAAUCCUUUGUCUGAGCCUUCUCCGGAUCGAAAGGAACUUCCACCACCUCACCUGCAAACUUGCCUAAGUCAUGUAUGGCUUCCGGAGUGUAGUGAUUCACUGGAAUAUUCCUCAUCUGAACCCAUACAUAUAGAAACUUCAGAUAGUCUGCCGGAGGCCUCUCCACCCAUCUCUCGAGCACUAUAGACCACAUAUUACUGGUAUGAGGUCCACGGUGUAAUACAUCCAACAGAUCCCUUUCAUAUUUGAAAAUGAACUGAAAUCUAUCUUUGGAUAGAGCUACUCCUCUAACUCUAUCAUAUAACUGCCAUUUUCUAGGCAUAUCCAAAAUGAGAUCAGUCAUCUUCUGACAUCGAGGAUUUAGCAAUCUUCCAAUUAGACUCAAGUAGUUUCUCUCUGUAGAAUAAUACUCCGGUCUAUCUGGGAGAACAUACGGCUCAUCAUCUUCCUCCAACUACAUCUCUGUUAGAGCUCUAUCUAAAUUCUCUGCCAUACUUCCAAUUGAUUCCAACCAAUAACACUACUACUUUCUACCCCACUUCCUCACUCACUCGCAACGAAGAUUUCACCCACUGCAGAUUUCACGAACUGAUGUUCUGAAGAUCUCUCUUUUUUCUGGAUAAGAACCCUAGAAUAAACGUCUGAGAUUGAAACCCAAAGGUAUUAUCUGUAAAACUAACGGAUAGGAUACAAACGGGAAAAGGGUCCCAGCCACUUGCCCAAUUCUUGGGAAUCUAAACGAGAGAGAAAUCGCCUUUUUUUUAUUUUCAAAAUUCCAUUUCAACAACUUUCAACCAUAUCAAAAAUUGAUACACAUUGCCAUUUUAAUUCAAAUCAAUAUAUAAUGACACAUAGAUACUGCGACCUGUCACUGAUUAACACAUCCCUAUAAGUACUCCUGUCUUCUUAACCACUCUUCAGACACAUAAACAACCAAAAAAAACCAAAAGCUUAGAUUUGAGACAAGAAAUAAUGAAGUUCGGGAAAGAAUUUUCGUCGCAGAUGGUGCCGGAGUGGCACGAAGCUUACAUGGACUACAAUCAUCUCAAAUCUCUAUUAAAAGAGAUCGUCAAAUUCAAACGCAAAAACAAUCCUCCCCACGGUCACGGCCAUCAUCUCCACCGGAAACUGACUAUUUACCGAACAUUCAGCGGCUUACUGGCAAAGUCGGGGAGAAAGAGACAUCCCCACGGCCACGGUGGUGCACAGAUCGGUCCAUUUUCAGAUUCAGACGACGACAUCGAGGAAGGAAUAAAAUCGGCGCCGAUUCUGGUCCACUCGGCGAGUCACGGAUACGAGACGACGUUUCUGAUGGCGGCGGAGGAAGGAGGAGAGUACGAGACGGUGUUUUUCCGGCGGUUAGAUGACGAGUUCAACAAAGUGGAGAAGUUUUAUAAAGAGAAAGUUGAAGAAGUGAUGAAAGAAGCUGUGAUGCUUAACAAACAGAUGGAUGCGCUGAUCGCGUUUAGGGUGAAAGUGGAGCAUCCUGAUGGUUGGCCGUGGGAGGAGCGGACGGUGGAGAUGACUCGUUUAGCUUCUAAUGUCGAUAUUUCCGCCGCCGCCGUCGCAGCUUCUACUCCCGCCGGUGCUAGAUCCAUGAAACUUGGAGCACAAGCUUUAGAAGCAAUACAGGAAGGAGGAUCAAGUAAAGCUGGUAAAUCCGACGAAGACGAAGAUGAAGAUGAUGUGGAGAAAGAAGAAGAUAAAGUCGUUUUCGAGGACAUAAGUAGACUAAACGCUGUAAGACCAUCUUCCAUCGAGGUAUUGGACCGUGUCAAGAUCAACAAUACGAAAGAAACACCUCGUUCCACAAUUAAACACGUUCUAAAGUCCUCGAACCCGGAGCUCAAGUUCAGCAGAGAUAACCUGAGAAGAGUCGAGGAGAAGCUCAGACGCGCCUUCGUCGAGUUCUACCAGAAGCUUCGCUUACUCAAGAGCUACAGCUUCUUGAAUGUGUUGGCGUUUUCCAAGAUAUUGAAGAAGUAUGAUAAGGUCACUUCGAGGAAUGCUACAAAGUCUUACAUGAAAAUGAUUGAUAACUCUUACCUUGGUGGCUCUGAUGAGGUUAUUAGACUCAUGGAGCGCGUUGAAGCUACAUUCAUUAAGCAUUUCACCAAUGCUAACAGAACAAAAGGAAUGAAUAUCUUGAGACCCCAAGCUCAAAGAGAGAGACAUCGUAUUACAUUCUCCACAGGUUUCUUGGGUGGAUGCAUGUUUUCUCUAGUAGUGGCUCUAUUCGCCAUCAUACGCACCCGGAACAUAUUGCAGGAGGAUGGCCACAAAAAGUACAUGAACACCAUGUUCCCUCUUUACAGCUUGUUUGGGUUCAUUGUGCUGCACAUACUUAUGUAUGCUGCAAACAUUUACUAUUGGAGGCGGUAUCGAGUGAAUUAUUCAUUCAUAUUCGGGUUCAAGCAAGGAACAGAACUUAGCUAUAGACAAGUCCUACUUGUGGGCUUCAGCAUUGGAGUUCUAGCCCUUCUUUGUGUUAUUGCCAAUCUUGACAUGGAGGUUGACCCCGAAACUAAUGAUUACAAAGCAUUAACCGAACUUCUUCCUCUUAUCCUCCUCAUUGUUAUGUUUAUAGUUCUAGUCUUACCAUUCAACAUCUUCUACCGCUCGAGUCGCUUGUUCUUCCUCACAUGCCUCUUUCAUUGCCUUGCUGCUCCUCUCUACAAGGUAACUUUACCUGAUUUCUUGUUGGGAGAUCAGUUAACAAGUCAGGUGCAAGCUCUUAGAAGCGUCCAGUUUUACAUAUGUCACUACGGUUGGGGAGAUUACAAACUCAGACAAAACACUUGCACUGACUCAGACACCUAUAAUGCUUUCUUAUUCAUUGUUGCUGUCGUCCCAUAUGUCUGCCGUCUCCUUCAGUGCUUGAGACGUCUAUUUGAAGAGAAAAACGCAGAACAAGGAUACAAUGGCAUAAAAUACUUCUUGACAAUAGUGGCUGUCUGCUUAAGGACAGCUUACAGUGUGGACAAGGAUAAUCAAUUUGUUUGGAGAAUGUUAGCUGGGAUCUUCUCAGCUAUUGCUGCCAUUUUCUGUACUUACUGGGACUUGGUUUUAGACUGGGGUCUUCUCAACAGGACUUCUAAGAACCGUUGGCUCAGGGAUAAACUCCUUAUCCCUCAAAAGAAAGUAUACUUCAUCGCCAUGAUCUUGAACGUCUUGCUUAGAUUUGCGUGGGUGCAGACCGUGCUGGAUUUCAACUUCUCCUUUAUGCAUAAACAGACGAUGGUUGCUGUUGUAGCUAGUCUAGAAAUUAUCCGCCGUGGGAUAUGGAACUUCUUCAGGUUAGAGAAUGAGCAUUUGAACAAUGUGGGGAAGUACAGAGCAUUCAAGACGGUUCCAUUACCGUUCAACUACGAUGAGGAUGACGACAAAGACAACUAGUUGUUCGAUCUCUUGUCUUGAAACUGUCUAGUGUCAGAUUAUUCAACUAUAUUCAUCCACAUCGAGUAAGAAAGAAGACUGGGUAUACAAAAGCUGACCCAUCAAAGAUCAAGAAGGAGAUGUUAGUCUCAGUGGCUUGUAAGAGUUUUUUUAGACGUUGUAGUUAGUUCUAUGACUAGGAGUUACUAUCUAGUUGAUGGGAGGUAGAGAAUCCAUUAAGCAAUGUACUAUGUAUUUCUCGUUUUGAGUUUUUUUUUUUUAAUGUCAUAAGUUUCUCAUGUAUA